AUGUUUCCUGCUCAGAACACAAACUUUCAACUGGGCUACUUUGUAGAAAGCCGAAGAAACAAGAAGUUUCGCAUUGUUGACCGAUGCACUCUGCAGUCUUUGUAUGAUACCCAGGUGAGUGGAAAAUUAAGUUUAUGGGUUGACCAACACAUCCAAAUGCUUCUGGAAAUUAAAGUGAAAAGGGACGAAAGACAGGAAACAAUAAAAAGAAAAGAGGCAUAAGUGUUGCACCGCAGUCUUCCUGACAAUUAGCCAGUGCCUGUUUCUUUUGUACAUCAAGGUCAUUAAAUCUGCCCCUCUCUUGUAAUAGGCUGGUCCAUGUCAAGUGAGGAUGAACAAAAUGACAGGGAUAAUCCACAACAGCGUGCUAAAAAAUCGUUGGUUGAAAGAAAGCUAGUCGAACUACAAAGAAAACAUGCGGGACGAUGGCCCGAAUAUAAACUUUGUGCGUGGGCAAAUAUACCGGUAACAAAUUUCAACCAUUCAUGGCUAAUUUUUUCCAAACACUACAGCUUAAUAAAGCGUUUUAAAACAACAAAAAUGUUUUUAACAUUUAACAGGUCGUUGGCUCGCAUCAUUCUGAAGACACUCCACCAAACGUGCCCUACUUAAGAGAGAGGGAAUCUUUGCAGCCCAAAGAAAAGGCCGGGGCAUCCAUUGCUGAGAGUGUGGCAGCAGCAGAUACUGCAACUAGAUAUGGCUUUGCGAUGAUCAUUCUUCACUUUCAUCUACAACCGCAGUUCAAAAAUGAAUUAUUUCAUAUACUUCACAUUAUGGCUGCUAUAGUAACUUCAAAGCAAGAGCAACUAAGCACUACAAACAACGUCACUUUUUUCACUUGCAAGAAUUUUAGUGAAAACUCGUACCCUUCCUCUAAAACAACUGUUGAAAACUAGAUCAGUUUUCAAAUGGUCUCUUUCAUUCUUUGCGUUUAUUUUUCAGAUUGAGAAAAAGGAGUCAGCUCAUAAAGCACCUUAAGGAUUUGAAGAUGUUGCUGGAUGAUAACGUGUUGACCGAGGAAGAAUACAAAGCACAAAAGGUGCAAAUUUUAAACGAAAUGCAAAAUUGA